AUGGCGCGGCGGGAUCCGCGCUCCGGGCGGCGCUGGGGGGGUUGGGGUGGGGUUUGCCCGCGAGCGUGGAACCUUCCCCGGCUGGCCCUGCAGCUCGCCGCCAACCUGCGCCGCGGCCCGCAUGCCCGCCCGCCCGUGAAGCGGGGCGCGCCGCCCUCUGCGCCGCCGGAUCCCGCCCUCGCCGCCACCUGGUCCCACGGCGACGGGACACGAUGCUGCGGAGGGCUGCUGCGGCAGUGGAGCGUGGCCGUGUUCCUGCUGAGCUACUCCGUGCCCUCCUGCGGGCGCUCGGUGGAGGGGCCGGGCCGCCGCCUCAAGAGAGCCGUGUCCGAACACCCUCUCCAUGACAAGGGCAAGUCCAUCCAAGACCUCCGGCGCCGCUUCUUCCUGCACCACCUGAUCGCCGAAAUCCACACCGCCGAGAUCAGAGCUACCUCCGAGGUCUCCCCCAACUCCAAGCCCGGCAACACCAAGAACCACGCGGUGCGCUUCGGCUCCGACGAUGAGGGCAGGUACCUCACUCAGGAAACCAACAAGGUGGAGCCCUACAAGGAGCAGCCGCUCAAGACGCCCGGCAAGAAAAAGAAAGGCAAGCCCGGGAAGCGCAAGGAGCAGGAGAAGAAGAAGCGGCGGACUCGCUCCGCCUGGCCGCUGUCUGCGGGCGCGGGCAGUGGGCUCGCGGGCGACCACCUGUCUGACAUCUCCGAGCCGGAGCCCGAGCUCAGCUCACGGAGGCAUUGAAAUUUCCAGCGAAGACCUUCCAAGGACAAGGACGUAUUACAAGAUUCUGUAAUAGUGAACAUAUGGAAAGUAUUAGAAAUAUUUAUUGUCUGUAAAUACUGUAAAUGCAUUGGAAUAAACCUGUCUCCCCGUGGCUCAAUGAA